AUGGAUGAAGACGAUCAAAUGAUGUAUCCGGUUGAUACUGAAUUACUUAAUUCGGAAGAGGAAUUCAAUUAUCCAUCUGAUCCACAACCAUCAACUUCAUUUUUUACCACACCCAAUAAUUUAUUGCUAAAUUCCUGUCGAUAUCAUAAUUUAUUCAUGCAACAGUUUGCUCCAUCACAAAUUUCACAAUCAACGAUUGAAUCAACACUACAACAUCCUACCGCAUCAUUAAUACAUUUAAUUGGAAUUGAAUUACCAACAGAUCCACAAUUAAUUUCUUCCGAAUAUCCCGAAACAACCACAUCGCUACCAGUACAAUCAUUAUCAAUAGCAUCUGAUCUGAUACCAGAAUUAUUAAAUUCGUUAGUCUGGGAUCAAUGGCUAUGCUCUUUGGCCAGAUCAUUAACACCAGCCCAAUGGCAACUAUAUUGGAUGAACUAUUUGGCACUAUUUGGUACCAUCGGCCUACCGCAACAUAUCGCCAAUUUUUUUGCUGCCGCUGCCAUUCCUGAUUUUUCUUCAUCCAAUUUAUUGUCAUCGUUGCAAAGCAACACUAAUUGGAUGCUUUUUCAACAGCAAUGCUAUGUUAAAUUGCAACGUGUAAAUUAA